GUCAAAAUGACAAUAGAAAUGGCAACAAAACACUGUCUCUCGUGAAAUUAAUUAUCGUCGUAAAUUCAACAACGAAUUCGGAUUAUUUAUCCUAAAUAUUAAUCGUCAGUUAAUACUUCAUUUUUUGCAGCUAUAAAAACAGUUUUCCCACCCCGGUCUCUCUCGCGAUGCAUCAAAAUGUCGCCUCGAAAGCAACCCAAUAGCUUGUUCAAAAUAUGCAUAAAAAAUUGUAUUGGUUUAAUAAAUUCUGCGUGUUACGUUAUUGAAAAGAGUUAUCCGGAGAAUAAGUUUCACGAGUGCGAGACAGAGGUGUUUUCUUUAAAAUGCUACUUGAUGUCUAUGCUGCCUGCCAGGUUAUUCGAUGUCCUCUGUUCAGAAAGAACAUGUUGCCAGUACCGCGGCGACCCUCGUGUCCAGCUUCAGGUCUUAACACAUCCAAAUAUGUCAGUCUUCCGCAAAUGCGACCUCGAUAACGGCAUCCCUCAGCGAUUCUGGAUAGAAACACUCCCAAACUUCAACCGAUUGGUAGUUCUCGAUUUAAAAUUCAUAUGCACAGAUGAAAUACUCCAAAUAAUAGGUAUCAGCUGUCCCCUUCUUGAAGAGCUCAACAUUGUCUCCAGGGUCGAUAUCUGCAAGUCCCUGUUCAAUGCUUCGGUCUUGAUUAGGAAUGUUUCAGACACAGGUUUGUGUUCCAUUGCCAAUUUAAAACAUUUACGCAUAUUGGCGAUGGACCCUCCAAGGAAUGAACGCGCAAAUCGAGUUGGUCGUUGUGUGUCCCAAGCCGGGAUCAUCAUGCUGAUCGGCGAGCUUCCAUACUUAGAGGAGUUGAGGAUAGAAUCCUGCGACAUCGGCUCCACAUUAAUAGGGACAGUAAUGGACAUCGGGCCGCUGAGUCUCCGGAAAAUCAACUGUCACUUCGCGUCGGCGGAGGGCAUCAAGAAGCUAAUCAAAAUCUGUCCCUUUCUCAGAGAACUGUCGAUCACUCACCUAUAUGAGCACAACAAAGACGAGAUUCUGGAGCAGCUAGCGUCGAGCGAUUUAAGGUUGAAUAGAUUGGAUUUGUCAUUCUUUUCUUACUCGGAUUCAAUGCCCCAGCUUUUAGCCGUAAAAGGCUGCUACUUAACUCAUUUUUCCCUUUGGGAAAUUGACCAGUCACUGACUUUUGAUGCGAUUUUAUCCUUAGGUAAGUGUUGUCCAAACCUGACGUCUUUGUGUUUCAUGACCCAGUCACACUGUUUAGUAAUACCUCGAUACUUCAAACGGCCGCAGAAAGUAUUCUCAGAGUUAACAUGUUUGACGAUAGGCAACGAAAAUUUUAGUCUAGAAAAUAUCCUGGCUUUCUUCCUCGAUUGCACACAGAAUCUGCAAAAACUAGUUUUAAAGUACCAAACCAAAAUUAAUGUUGAUGGAAUGUUAUUGAGAUUGUUGCAAAGAGGUAGUUUAAGAAAUUUGAACAACUUGUGGUUGGAUUGUACGCUAGAAAUAUCUAAAGAUGUAGUUAAACAAUUGAUUCAGUUGUGCGAGAAGUUACAAAUGUUUACGCUUGAUUUCACAGAAGAUAUGAGUGACGUACACAAAUAUAUUAGUGAUAAUAACCUCGAUUUAAAAUUGGGUAGUUAUUAGUUGUAAUACUCUGUAUUUAUUGUAGCAAUAUUAUAGCAAUAAACAACUAUUUUUA